GCGGUGGCGCCGACAGCACGCUGGCUCCCAUGCCGCCUGGGAUCUGUGCCCAACAUCACGAGCAAGGAGGCGAACGAGCUGUCCAGGCUGCCCGAGAAAGCAGGUGACGAAGCUGGUGCCUCAUUACAUUCGGGAGCUGGUAAGUCCUUGGCGUCGGCAGAGGCUCGAGUGAAGCAGGCUCCCUCUCCGCAGCAGGCAGUGCAGCAGCAGCGCGGUCAAGUACGCAGGCUGGAGAAGCAAAUGGAGACUGAGCUGGCCAGGCUCCUCAGGUUCCAGCCCGAGGCUGACCGUGAGUACAAAGGGGCUGUUCAGAAGUUGACUGAAGAACCGAAUCUUGCGGCAUCGUCUACGCCGCCCUCUGUGGUCAAGCUGGAAGACCUCCUCGCGGGCUCCGCCGACACUGCGGCACUCACCAACUGCGACGUCCUGGAAGAUCGGUCGCCCGGGGAUCCCGAGGAGAGGCAGAAGAGGUCAAACGCGGUGUCUCUUGGCAUCACCGACACGGCGAAGCAGUUGUUCAAGAAUGCCAUCGGCCAGGCCAAGGCAGCCCAGGCAGCUCAUGCCGCGCAGCGUGCACGUCUGGCGUGCAAGAUGCGAAGGAGCCACGGCGGGCAAGCCACUGACGGCGGUGGAGGCGAGGCCAAUCGUCAGCUGGCGGUGUCGCGUCUGGUUCGCCGGCAGCGAGUUCACCUCCGGAGGCAGAUCCUGCACCCGCAGGUGAUGCGCGCGCCCGAGCUGGCGCUCCGCUUCAGCC